AUGGGUCGUGUUAGAACUAAGACUGUCAAGCGUGCUGCUAAGCAAAUCAUUGAGGGUUACUACCCCAAGCUCACCCUCGACUUCGAGACCAACAAGCGUCUUGCUGACGAAAUUGCAUUCAUUCCUUCUAAGCGUCUUAGAAACAAGAUUGCCGGUUACACCACCCACUUGAUGAAGCGUAUCCAAAAGGGUCCUGUCAGAGGUAUCUCUUUCAAGCUCCAAGAAGAAGAGCGUGAGAGAAGAGAUCAAUACGUUCCUGAGGUUUCCGCCCUUGAUGUCUCUCAAACCGAAAACGGCCUUGAAGUCGACGCCGACACCGCCAACCUCCUCAAGACUUUGGGUUUCGCCAAGCUCCCUGUCUCUGUUGUCCACGUUUCUCAACAAGCUCCCGAGCGUAGAUUCCGCAAGAGAAACUAA